GACUGCAGACAUAGUACAGGAGAUGACCAGAGACUGCAGACAUAGUACAGGAGAUGACCAGAGACUGCUGACACAGUACAGGGGAUGACCAGAGACUGCGGACACAGUACAGGAGAUGACCAGAGACUGCGGACACAGUACAGGAGAUGACCAGAGACUGCAGACAGUACAGGAGAUGACCAGAGACUGCGGACACAGUACAGGAGAUGACCAGAGACUGCGGACACAGUACAGGAGAUGACCAGAGACUGCGGACACAGUACAGGAGAUGACCAGAGACUGCGGACA